AUGGCAGAGCAUGGGCAUGAAGGCGUGAUGGAAAGGAGGGAGGAGAGGAAGGAGGGGAUAGAGGAGGAGAACGGAAGCGAGUCGACUGGAGAGACCAGCGAGAAGAAGGGGCAGGAGAAGAAUGGGCAGGAGGAGGCGCCUGAAGGGGACUCCCAGAAGGAAGAGCGAUUACUUUUGGCUCAGGAGGAAGGGGAUGCGUAUGUGAAAGACUAUCACGAGCGGGUUGAACAUGCGAAUGAGGGGGGACUGGCGGUGGAGGACAUGUUAGACAUGAGAGGGGGGAUGGGAUUGGAGGAUUUGCCAGGAGAAGGUGGAGUCAGAGAGGGAGGAAGCUCGUUGAAGGGAGACGGGUUACAAGUGGAAACUGGAUUCGACAAUGCUGGGGCUCGAGAGGAGGAGAGGACUGAUUGCAACGAUGAUGUUGAGCAAGCUCAAAUUAUCGAAGCGGGAAGCAACGACGAGGAGAAAGAGUGUGUAUCCGGAUCUGUCGACCAACAUUCUGGAAGCAGCGUCACCUACGAUAAUGCUCUACAGCGAUCAGAACAAGUCAAAGAAGGGGAAACCCUGCCUGAUGCUCGUGCAGAUGUGAGCUCUGUGCAGCUGAUUGAUUUCGGAGAUGAUUUGCAGAGCAAUACUGUUGAGAAUGCAAACGCCCAACCUUUGCAGGGGUCGUCAAACUCGUGGCUGGGUGACAAUUUUCACUCGGCGUCAGAUAGAAUCGUGUCUAGAGCAGAUGGAGACAUGCCUGAAAAGAUAGAUCAGAGAGUGUUGGACGUCUUUGAUGAGUUGGAUCCUAACAGCAGGACGCUAUGGAGGCAGGAGGGGGAUGUAGAUGUUUCGAACAUGAGCUUUCAAUCUGCCUUGGAAGAAUCAGACAGGAUAGAGGCUCAAGCUCUGCAGGAGGCGAAGGAGAGAUCGAAGAUGAUGCAGAAAAGGCUGGAAGAGGAGAAUGCUACCUUGCUGGAGUUGGAACAGAAGAUGGAUCUGAUCCACAAGAGACGGAAUGAGCUGGAAGCAAAACUUUCACAGGAGCAGCAGUUGACCCAAGGCUUGGAGGAGGAGUUGGAGGAGAGGAGGAAGGAGAAUGAAAGUCUGAGAUCUCUCAUAGCAACCUCGUCUGCGGAGAAUGAUCUGAUUGACUCAAGGCUGGAUGAUCUGCUGACGAUGAAGAAAUCGAAGCUGUCGGAAGUGACCCGGCAGGAGGCAGAGCUGGCAGACCUCGAACAAAACGUCAAGGCGCUCAAUGACAAGAUCCAGAACAUGAGGGUUCUAUCGGACAAGCUUGCCCUACUGCAAGAACAGGGUGCUGAACUGGACCAGGAUGAAGAGACUUUAACGAGGAAGGAGGAUGGAGAAUCUACCAAGUUCCUCGCUCCCACCAGCAUCGAGCAAGAAGGCAACUGUUUUCAGAGGGACAGCAACGAGUUUGCACAGAUGCUGCCCGUGAUACCCGAGACUUCGCUGGAGGAUGAGACAGACUCCCCAGAGAAAUAUCAUCCUGCUGAUGAGGAGAGUACAAUACUCAAGGAGGAGCAGGAGCAGGAGCAGGAGCAGGAGCAGGAGCAGGAGCAGGAGCAGGAGCAGGAGCAGGAGCAGGAGCAGGAGCAGGAGCAGGAGCAGGAGCAGGAGCAGGAGCAGGAGCAGGAGCAGGAGCAGGAGCAGGAGCAGGAGCAGGAGCAGGAGUUGCAACACUUGCACAAUGUCCCCGAGGAACACUCGAGAGAGAAGGAGCGAGCCAAAGAUGUUCGAGGACAAGACAUGGUCGACAAGAAGUCAUAUGAUGUCUUGCGGGAGGAGCUGGAGUGGCUACGAGUCCAAAUGGACCGGAGGAUAAAUGUCGAGUCGAAACUGCGCGAUCAGCUCUUCACAGCCGAGCUGCAGAGAGACGCUGCGAUAGUGAAGUUCCACAUGGAGGGGGAGAGGAUGUGCAAGAGGAUUGAGGAGCUGGAGGGGGAUGGGUCGAUGAGGAGGAGGGGCAACAGAGCGAGGUUUUCGGACCUGUUCCGUCGUGGACCCAACAGUUCUGCCUUGGAUUCGAAGGAGUCCUUGAGCAAUGAGCUCUCCCUCUCUUCCUUGCCUCCCCUUCUUGCCCGUGCGCUUGACCAGUUCGAGGAGCUCAAGACCGACUUGGCAGAGAUCGACAUCGAGGACAUGCUGCGCGUGCAGAUCGAGAAGCUGAGGCUGGAGUGUGAGGAGUGGCAGUCAGACUACGAGUCGCUCUUCAAUGAGAGGAAGGAGCUGCAGGCGACGCUCGCCUGUGUCAUGAAGGACCAGGGCGCGUCCAGGGGGGAUGGGACAAAGUCGUUGGAUCCUCAGACUGCCGCUGAGUUCAGGAGCCGAGUCGAGUGUCUGUCCGACAUCCUCCUCGCUCUUGAGACCGUGAUGUCUGGUCUCUGCAAGGACCUCAACCAUCGCUUUGCUCCCCGGGUGUCGCCCAGCCCUCUGCUCCCGGAAGAGAAGGAGGAGGUGGCGAGCGAGUCGUAA